AUGGACGGUAGUCUACUGAACGAACUGGAGUUCUUCCCUCCCACGAAUAAGUCCGCCAACAGCGUAGCCGGUGCUGGUGCUGCCCAGUCCAGCAACUUUGGGCAGAGCGGCCUGGGGCUGUACCAGAACGAGGAGUCGGUCGACUUUUCCUCGUGGCUCCCAGACGUCUUCAGCAGCGUCGGCGAGGUGCCCACGGCCGUUGUAGCCGUCCCGUCUCCCCAGACAGUCGCCACCGGCCCGACGAGUGCCCGACAGAGCUACCGCGAGGCACCUACGACCACUACGAGCGGAGACGUCGCCGCUGCCGCAUUUUCGUCCUCCUUUGGCAACUUCUGCUCCCCGCCCACUCCGCAACAACCGCCAAACCACAACUCCCGGAUCAACAUGUACGACACUGAGGGCUCCGGAGCUGUGGGUGGGAUCUCCCUACCCCACUCCCAAACCACUAUCACCAGUCUAACUGACCCAACCUCGCUCCUUCUCCCUGACUCCCUCGUGGGGACGAGACCAGCCCCGGGCAAGGCAUCCAAGAAAUCGUCCAAGAAAAAGACGCCCGAGAAGGACACGAGGGAGUACCGGGAGAAGCGAGAGAGGAACAACGUUGCCGUGAGAAAGAGUCGGGAGAAGAACCGGGUCCAGAUCAUGGAGACCCAGCAGCGGGUGAAGGACCUUGAGGACGAGAACUCGGCCCUCCAGUCAAAGAUCACGCUCCUGUCCAAGGAACUCAAGGUGCUCAAGGACCUCUUUGCCAGUGCGGGGGUGAGCCAGCCGGCUUCCCUCUGCCUCAAAUCAGAGCCCGACAACUGA